AUGCAGGGUCUGAGCUCACGAGCCCACGCUUUCUCGGUGGAAGCGCUGGUCGGUAAAACGAUAAAGAGGAUGAAGAAGGAGAACGGGAAGGACUCGAGCUCACCGGGAGACACAGAGACAGAGGCAAGCUCCGUUGGACAGGAGACAAACGAACACGAUUACCCAAACGACCAGAGGAGGAAGGCUGGUAACACGCCAAGAAGGCUGGGAGAGUGCGACUCUGAGCCGGGGCGAGAAGAAAGGAGAAGACCGGGAGAUAGUGACUCUAACCCGGGUAGAGAUGAGAGAGAGGUCCGGGUGGAGCUCCAGGGGUCGGAUCUGUGGACCAGGUUCCAUGAGAUCGGGACAGAGAUGAUUAUUACCAAAGCGGGCAGGAGGAUGUUCCCGUCCUUGCGCGUAAAGGUGCGUAACUUGGACCCGUGCCAGCAGUACUACAUCGCCAUGGACGUUUUGCCCGUCGACUCCAAACGAUACAGGUAUGUGUACCACAGCUCUCAGUGGAUGGUGGCAGGAAACACGGACCACUCCUGCAUUGCGCCACGCUUGUACAUGCACCCGGACUCCCCGUGCGUGGGCGAGACGUGGAUGCGUCAGGUGAUCAGCUUCGAUCGGGUCAAACUGACCAACAACGAGAUGGAGGACAAGGGACACAUUAUUCUUCAGUCAAUGCAUAAGUACAAGCCUCGCGUCCAUGUGAUCCGCCACGACCCCCGGCUGGACCUAUCAAAGAUCCCCUCGCUGGCCACUGAGGGUAUGGCCAGCUUCUCCUUCCCAGAGACAGAGUUCACCACCGUGACAGCCUAUCAGAACCAACAGGUACUUUCUCUCAGCCAGUCAGAACCAAUAGAACAUUAUAUUAAAUAUCUGCAAAAAAAAUCCAUGAUCAGGACUCCAUCACCCCACCAUCUUUCUUCCCAAGAUAGCUCCUCCUCCAUCCAAACAUAUACCUCUCACAUCAUAAGCCCUCCCACAUUAAGCCAGCUAAUCAGGCAUCAAAAGACUGUGUCCCAACUAAACCAAUCUGACAUAUAA